GAGCAAUCCGUUCGAACGGCAUCGGCGAUAAAUGGAAUAUAUUCAGGAGGCGGUGCUGCUUGGCGUCGACCUUUUAGUGUUGGGGAUAUGCAGCAGUCAGUACUUUAAAUUAAAGAAAAAUUUACUUCUUCUCAAGGAUGCACCGCAAUUACAAAUCGAUGGCCAGCUGACCGAGCGGUUAAAGAAGGAACCGGAGCGGAAGCUUGGUUAUGUCGUUAUCCGGGGGAGUGUUACGCCCAUCGGGACGGCACUGCGAAGUGCUAUGUCCCCGUCGGUUACCGGUGUGCUGCAAACGAUGACACUUACCGAACACCGUGUGGCCCGUGCGAUGUUCGGGUUUUGGCAACAGGAAAAGCAAAUCAUUCACGUGUCUGCCAAUGAAAUUCCGUUCAAGCUAGUCAACGGUAAGUACGGGGUCGAGAUUGUGAAUGGCCUAUCUGCCGAGCUGCUCGAUAUGGACACGGUGUACGAGAAUUACGAACCAUCGUCGCUGAGCGUGUUCGAUCAUUUGUUCGGGUUAUUUUCCGGAGUUCGACAGAAGGGCUUGCAAACGACGGAAGAGAUGUUACGCGAUGGAAGCUUCAUUACGGCGGUUGGUGAGCUCGAAUUCGACGACACCGGCAUCCGGCUGCACCCGCCCUCCGACGGCUCGCCAAUGUUUCUCACCACAGCUACUAAAAGUACGCUGCUGAAGCGUUUACAGGAAGCAAAAUCAUCCACACUGCUGAAGGUAAUCUUGAGCGGCACCAUAUCGGUCGUAUUAAUUGGGUUAAUUGCCAGGAAAUUCUACAAACGAAAGAAACAAGAAUGGGAAGAACAGAAGCUGCGCAAACAAUUAGAAGCAUCCCGUGCGGAGCGUCGUGCCCGUACGCGUCCGCCAGAGCUCAGCGAAGAUCAGCUGUGCGUCGUAUGUGUCGUAAACCCUAAAGAGGUGAUUUGCUUACCCUGCGGCCACGUAUGCUUAUGUGAAAACUGUGCACAAAGAAUCAACGACAAUUGUCCGGUUUGCAGAGCAGUCAUUGAAACGAAAGCGGCUGCAUUUAUUACUUAGGCUAUCGCCUGAUACACACCAUCUCACAUAUAACAGUAGCGGAGCGAAAUCCCUAACCGGUAAUGGUAAGAAUAUUUUUAGAGAGGGUAGGAAUGAAUUCGCAAAUAAAGUGUGCGCAUCGAAUUUGCAUCCACAUAUGCUGUAUUUAACCUUUCA